AUGCCCUCUUAUAUCGCUCUCAUUGCUGCUGGCUUGCUCGCUGCCGGGGCGAGUGCUCUACCUUCUCAGAGCGAUGAUAGCUGUGCUACCGUUAUUCCAGCUCACCUUCCACCACUUAUUACGCCAAAGUUCGCGCCGCUCCCAACCCCAAGCUGUGUCAUCUCGGGGAAAACGAUCCACUCUACGCAGCUUGAAGGCUGCUUAAUCUUCAACUCUACCAUUUCCAACGCCACCGUCACUGGCUCGACCAUUGUGUACUCCACUGUGGUUAACUCGACUGUCCUUGACUCCUCUGCUUCGACUGUGACCUUUAACUCGGCCAAUCUGACCGCUAUGGAUGUGCAGAACUCCAAGAUCUCGGGCAGCUAUCUGAGUCUGGGGGACAAUAACCAAAGUGGGGAGCUUCGUGACAUUAAACUUUCUUUCCUCCAGCUUCAGGAAUGA